AUUUCGAAUUCCUGGAUCCGCCAAUAGAUGACACGAAGUUUAGCUAACUGAUAUGUACAGUGUUCUUCGACGAUAAUACAGUAAUAGUCUUGUUGCAACAGCCAAUGUCAGUAACAGUCAAAUAGCCUCUUGUCUGUAAGUCUGAAAUCCCAUACUUUAUUUCUAGUUCUAAAUGCUUCAUAUAUUUAAAUAUUUUAAAAUGUUACAAAUUGUACACUUCAAAUUUUUGAAAUUUCAGAGUGUUCUAAAAAAAAAUUGAACGUCAGUCACAAAUUCCCGGGUGUGAUAAUAUUUGAUUUCUAAAAAUCGAAAUGCUUCGUAUGUUUCAACAUUUUACAUUGUCAAAUUAUGAUACAUCAAAAAUCGUUUUUUAAGUUUGAGAGUGCUAUUCCGAGCGUCAAGAAGUGCUAAAUUCUUUUAAAAAUCGCAACCUCACCCCUAACCAUGGUGGGGAUGAGAGUUGGUGUGGACUCUCCUGCCUGACCAAUACUUUAUAAGUGCUUCUGAAGGUACAGUAUAUCCGUAGAACUUCCCCCUACCCUAUGCUCUCAGGGCAAUCACCCUUACUAAGAGUUACUAAUGCAUAAUUAAUAGAUUAAGAAAUUGAAAUUACAAUGGAUCUGAAUCUGAUAAGCGCAACAAAUAGCCAAAUAAACUGGAUACAUUUCCGGGAGUAAUAAUCUUCCAGUUUGUUGACGCUUUUAACUCAUUUCUAAUUUUGGUUUGUUUCGUUCGUUGUUAAAUUGACAUAAGAUUGUAAAUGCAUCUUCGAAACCGGUUGAAAAUAAAUUUUUAUCAAUUAAUAGCUGUUUGAAUUGAUAAGAAAAGCAUCACUUUGAGGUAAUCGCCUGUAAAUACGUAAUAAAAAUCGUAUAUAAUGUAAAAUGUGUUUUGCGUAAACUCACUCUACUCUAGGCUACAACACCACCGAAAGACAACAUGCUAGGUUUAAUUGUUUGUUUCUUGGCUUUCGUGUCCUCGUUGAAUUAUGUUAAAGAAUAUUGCCGGCAUCUCAUUCAGUAGUGUGCAUUUGAUUGGUCACAGCCUAGGAGCUCACAUAGCCGGAUAUGCUGGGGAGAGGCUAAAUGGACUUGGGCGUAUUACUGGCUUGGAUUCAGCUGGGCCGUACUUUGAGUACACAGAACCAAUUGUAAGAUUGGACCCAACUGAUGCUGUAUUUGUAGAUGCCAUUCAUACUGACACAAAUUCAAUCUUCCGGUUAGGUUUUGGAAUACAAAAGGCAGUGGGGCAUCUGGACUUUUACCCCAAUGAUGGACAUGAUCAGCCAGGAUGUGAUGGGAGCACAUCCAGAAACAUAAGCGACCAAGGGCUUAUAGAGUACGGCAUAGAUCAAAUUAGCUGUAAUCACAUGAAAGUACUCGACUAUUUCACGGAAUCAACAGACGACCACCGUCAGUUCCGUGCGUUUAGUUGCCAAGACUACGAGAGCUACAUUGACGGAGCAUGCUUUGUCUGCGGAGCUAACGGUUGCCCACGAAUGGGUCUACAUGCAGAUGAAUACACACCUAGCAACCAACGUGUUGUUGCUUUCUUACGGACUGUGGCUGAGAAACCAUAUGCAGCUACCGAUGUGACGGUUGAGGUUUCCAUGGCAAAUAAGCCCGACGGUGGCCAAUACAAAGAAAAGGGUAGUCUUCAGAUUACAUGGCUGGGAUCAAACGUCAUCACGCCUGUUAAAUCAUUGAGUCAAACAGAAAAAUUUGAAUCUGGCCAAACCUACACAUAUUCCACGGUUAUUCCUGAGAAUCUAGGAGACAUUGAGGGUAUUAAAUUGUGGUACAGCGACUCAACAUGGAAGCCAUGGGGAAAGCCAAGGAUAUAUAUUGAUGUAGUGAAUGUCGUUGAUCAUUCGGUCGGUAAAAGGGUCAUUUUGUGCGGCUCAGGGGUGGAGAUCAAACCAGGAAAAGCAGUGACACUGCUACCGAGUCCAUCGUGUUAAAGUGCAACAUGAAUAUUCAUUAAGUUGGUCUAUGGAUGGAAGAAAUAUUUACAGAGACGAGAAUUACUUGAAAAUGCUUAACAUAUUUAGAAAUAUUUAAUUUUAGAGUUAAAUUUUGAUUAUUGUAUUUACAUUUACUUUACAGUCGAAUAAGUAAUCACAGAUCUCACCAAUGGACAAUUAAGUAGCGUCAAUCCACCUUAACCAACCAACCAAUCAGGAAAUGUCCAUUUAUUAGGGAGUUUUCGAUGCACGACGGUAACCUUAACUUUAACGUUAGUACCCAACAUGCAGCGCGAUAGCUCCGCCCCUUUUGUAAACAAAUCGCGUGCGCAAACUCGUAACUAACGUACAUCGAGCACGUAAAAUCCUGAAAUUAAUGUACUCCGCAACGCAAAAUGAUAAAUUAUGACAUCACCCGUUAACGUUAAGGUUAACGUUGUGCGGCGAAAACUGCCUAUUAUAGCACGGUCUCCCUUCAGUCACUGCUACGAUGAUUUAUUUAACAAUUUUUUUUAUUUUAUGAUAUCAGGCCUAAAAAAAACCUGUUGUUUAUGAGGUGCCAUACGCAGCAAAAGUCCAUGUUAAAAUUUUUAUUCGUCGAGAGUCCUAUCGCCGACAGUCGUGUCAGAAUCGGGGUACCUUUCCGAUUGUGCAAGGCAGCUAGCAACGCACCCUGAUUCGUCUGCGUCUGCAACGCAUUCGGGAAAGUUGAACCAGGUUCAACCUUCCCGAUAGCUGUCGGCCACUGUCGCCGAUAGGGUGAGCGAUUAUAUGGAAACCGAGCUUUACCCUGACUAUCGCACAUAAUGUGUUCCCUGAGUGGGCGGGGUCAUGGGAGGAAAACCUAAUGUUUGCUUGUUCCGUUUGGAAGAUUAUUUUAGACGUGGGGGGGGGGAGUGGUUUGCAGUUAGUCUUGGGGUUCUCCUAGCUUCGCAGAGUUUUGUUUUUUCUAGAUGCUGAGAAAUGCACUUACGUGCAUUACGAGACUUCUAUUGAUGAAUGAAUACACACUGAAUUAAUAGAUUUUUCCCCAUUUUAGCAUGG